AUGUUCAGAUUAUCUCAAGGAAGGAAGAUUCUUGAGAACGCUGAAUGCUACACUUAUAAUAGGCCUAGGCCCCAUGAUUUUGUCUCAGGGAAAGAGCAAACAUGUUUAAUGCCUACAAAUAGUUGUAGUACCAAUGCUAGAAAUAUUUCUUUGCAAGCAAUGAAUGAUGGUUCAAUCGUGUGGAUGGGGUUGGCACUAAAGGAUCAAAUAUUACAGAAGCCCAAUGCUAGAUUUGCCUCUAUGUUUGACAAGUCGUUUGCAUUUCUGCAACAGCGUCAGCUAAAGUAA